AUGGCACGGUUACGAGUCGGCUAUGUGCCCGAACACUUCUCCACCCCUCUCUCUUUCGCCUCCACCCACCACUCCCUCGACGCCGACCUCAUCCCGGAACCCCUCGGCACCGGCGCCCUAACCGCCCGCCUGAAAGCUCCCCACUCCGACUCCAACGCCAUUGACGUCGCCGUGGGCCUGACUGAAGGCUUCGUCGCUGACUUGGGCAGAGCUAAGCUCGCGGGCGAGGACACUGGGUACAAGCUCAGCGGAACCUACGUAUCAAGUCCGCUGUGUUGGGCGAUCGUUACCGGCGCGCAGCGAGCGGGGAUAAAUGGAGUGGAGGAUUUGAAGGGCAAAAGAGUAGGUGUCAGUAGGAUCGGAAGCGGGAGUUAUGUCAUGAGCUACGUCCUCGCGGACCAGCAUGGAUGGUUGGAGCAAGGCAAGGAACCAUUUGAGGUAGUAGUCGCGGGGGACUUUGCGUCGCUACGCAAGAGUGUGAGGGAGGAGGGAGCUACGCCGUCGGACUUCUUCAUGUGGGAGCACUUUACUACGCGAAAGUACUGGGAAGAAGGGGAGGUGAAGAGGAUAGGGGAGAUAUAUACGCCUUGGGCGAGCUGGAUGAUCGCUUCAAGGACAUCGGCGGAGAAGGAGGUGCCAGGGUUCUUGGAGGGCGUCAACAAGGGUGUGGAGAUGUUCAGGGGGAAGCCGGAGCAGGUAGUGAAGCAUAUUACGGGCACAAUGCAUUAUUCGGAGGCAGAUGCUAGGGAAUGGAUGAAAAGUGUCGAGUAUCCGGAUGAUGUAAGAGGGGUGGCGCAGGAGACAGUUGGGAACACUGUGAAUAUAUUAAGAAAGUCCGGCGUGCUGAAGGGCGAUGUUGGGAACGGACAGGCUAUGGUCCAUCAGGCCCGAUAA